GACUGAGAAGCUACACACACAUUUUCAAUUUGAAAUCUAAACGGCUACGAGAGAUUUGUUUUGCGCUGGUUGUGUAUUUUGUGUUUUCCAUAACUGUAUUUCUCAGAUCUGCAAAUAAGAACUGAAAAAGCUCCAUGAACAAAGAGAACACAUCUCGUCUCCCUGUUAUGUCAGGGAAACGUGCUCACACCAACAGCACUGAUGGGGAACAACAACAGCCUGCGCAGAAAAAGAUGCGCAAGGUGGAGGUAGAGCCUUCUCAGAGGUUCAGGCCUGCCGCAAGUGUUGCACCCCCAAGACGUCCUGUAGCAGUCAAAGCUCCUGUCAAACCUCUACGUCCAACUGGAGCUGCAACAGUGGCUGCUGCUCCUGCAAGAGGUGACCAGAGAAGACCAGUUGCAGCAGUCGCUAAAGCCACUGCAGCUGUGUCUCGAAGGCCAGGAUGGGACCUGAAAGGCAAAGUCAGCGACAUGGAGGCCAAAGUUCAGAACUAUCAGAGCAAAGUAAAAACUGUAAAUCAGGAAAACGAGUGUCUGAAAGACUCCAUAGCCAAAGUCCAAAGACGCACCGCUGAUAUUGAACAGGAGAAUAAUGGUCUCAGAAGGCGUCUUGGCGAUUGUGAAAAGGAGCUGGUGAAGCUGGCCACAGUAAAAGAUGACCUGGAGCACACCACCAAAGAGAGAGAUGGCCUUCAGAAAGACCUCAGCAAGCUGACAGAGGAGCACAAGGUUUUGGAAGGACUCCGAGAUCAUUUAGAGUCUGAGCUUCGCAACAUACAGACUCAGCUGGCCAUUCAGACCUCUGCGUUGGGCCGGUGUCAAGACAGUUUGAAGGAGAGCCAAGAACUGGCCAGGAACCUUGAGGAAACGGUGGCCCGUCAACGAGAAGAACUCCAUCUCGGAGAAAUGGAGCGAAGGAAACUCCACAACACCAUUCAAGAGCUCAAAGGAAAUAUCCGAGUGUUUUGUAGGGUUCGGCCGCUGCUGACAGGAAAUCAGUCUGAUAUUCUGCACAUCCAGCUGCCUCCCCAUGACAACAAGGCUCUCACUCUUGCCAAAAUGGAAGAGUCUCACACAGGUCGCACCACUGACACACAGAAGAGCUAUAACUUCAGCUUCGACCGUGUGUUUGGUCCUCGUUCUUCUCAGAGUGAGGUUUUUGAAGAGAUUUCCCUGCUGGUGCAGUCUGCUCUGGAUGGAUACAACGUUUGUUGCUUUGCUUACGGCCAAACUGGCAGCGGGAAGACCUUUACUAUGGAGGGGGGUGAACAGGAGGAAUUGUGGGGGGUCAUUCCACGCGCUGUCCAGCAAAUCUUUAAAUCCGCCAAAGCACUCAGUGAGCAAGGCUGGCAGUACUCUUUCACUGCCAGCUUUGUGGAGAUCUACAAUGAGACACUUCGAGAUCUUCUCUACAAAGGCAAACCAAACAAGAGACCUGAGCACGAGAUCAGGAAGGUGUCCAACAAUGAGAUCACUGUUACCAACCUGACCUACCAAAAAGUCAACAAUGAGGAUGAGGUGCACAACUUGAUCAUGUUGGCCAACCAGAACCGCUCCACAGCCCGCACGUGCAUGAACGAUCACUCCUCACGUUCUCACUCUGUGUUCCAGCUAGACAUAGAAGGGGAAAACACAGCCAGAGACUCCAAGUGCAAGUCCAUGUUGUGUCUGGUGGAUUUGGCCGGUAGUGAGAGAGUGCAGAAGAGUCAGUCUCAAGGAGAGCGAUUCAAGGAAAUGACCGCCAUCAACUCCUCCCUCACCAACCUGGGAAUUGUAAUCGCUGCUUUGGCCAACAAGGACAGCUUUGUUCCCUACCGUAACUCCAAGCUCACGUACCUCCUCCAGAACUGCCUCGGAGGCAACAGCAAAACUUUGAUGUUUGCGAAUAUUUCACCUGAGGAAGAAAGCUUCAGUGAAUCUCUGAAUUCCCUGCGCUUUGCCAGCAAGGUGAACGACUGUGUCAUCGGAACAGCUUCUGCUAACAAGAAGUAGCCUGGCUGUCAUCUCCGAACAUCCAUUUUAAUGCGUUUUUAACUUUUACCUGAACUUCAGUUAUUCAUUGUAUAUUCUCAUCUCCCUCCAUAUUUUAUAUUUCUGUUAUGCUUUUUAAUGUUCAGUCUCCCUGACAGAGUUUUAAUGUUUUGCAACCAUCAAAAGCAUAUUGUAAUUCAACCUUUCAGUGAUAUCAAUAAAUGUUUCAUGGCUUUGUAAUGCAGUGGUGAUUGUGAUGCAAAGUGUAGACAGUUUUGGAAAUGCAUAUGAAAAUUGGUCAUCUGUGUUUGUGAAAAAUGCUAGUACAAUUAAAAACAAGGUUACCAUUAUGUUGACCACUGUUUUAGUAAGACAUAUUUUGUUUUUGUAAAAACUAUUUUAGUAUAAAUUUUGUUGUUUUUUAAGUAAUAGUUCACAGUAUGUGCAUUUCGAUGUAUUUUGGAUCAAACAAAUGCAUAAAUGGUACAUAUAGAACCUGUA